AUGAUUAUCGACAGAGACGUGCCAAUCCCCAUGGACGAUGGCAACAUCCUCCGCGCCGACAUUUUCCGGCCAGAUGGGACGACGACCCAUCCAAUCAUCAUGACGCUGGGACCCUACGGAAAAGGGGUUCCCUACCGUGACGGAUACAAGCCCCAGUGGGAGUGGUUGACAUCGACCUAUCCAGACAUCCUCCCGGGCUCUUCCCGAGAAUACAUGACUUGGGAGACCGUGGACCCGGAGACUUGGGUUCCCUGGGGAUACGUGUGUAUCCGAGUCGACUCGCGGGGCGCUGGACGCUCGGGGGGAUAUCUUGAUAUCUUCUCCCCACGUGAAGUGAAGGACUAUUAUGAGGCGAUUGAGUGGGCCGCCGUUCAGCCCUGGAGCAGCGGGAAGGUCGGGCUGAAUGGGAUCUCGUACUACGCCAUCAACCAGUGGCUCGUUGCUUCUCUUCAACCUCCACACUUGACGGCCAUGAUCCCCUGGGAAGGCGCAGCAGACGCUUAUCGGGAUUUUGCACGGCAUGGCGGCAUCGAGUCGAAUGGCUUUCUUGAUGCGUGGUAUCCCCGGCAGGUAGUCUCGGUCCAGCACGGCAAUGCGAAGUCGGUGAUGGAUCCCUGGAUGAAGGAAAGAUCCAGUGGUCCUGAAACACUUGAUGAAGCGGCGUUGAAGAGCAACAGGUCUGACCCGGUGCUGGACAUCCUCAAGCGACCCUUGGAUGGUGAAUGGUAUCGAGCACGCUCGGCCGAUUGGAGCAAGGUGACGGUUCCGUUCCUCAGUGCGGCGAACUGGGCCGGGUUUGGUCUUCACCCCCGCGGCAACUUCGAAGCCUUCACCCAGGCAGCAUCGAAGCAGAAAUGGCUCGAGUGCCAUCCCGGCAGACACGAAGAAUGGUUCUAUCUUGAGCAGGGCAUCGCGCUGCAAAAGCGGUUCCUCGACUUCUUCCUCAAAGGUGUCGAUAAUGGCUGGGACCAAGAGCCGCCGGUGCUGAUGCACACUCGCCGACCUUUCAGCGAUGAGUGGGUUGUGCGGAAGGAGGAAUCAUGGCCAUUGCCUGGUACAGACUGGACGGAGAUCUAUCUCCACGCGAAGCUAGACGCACCGGAAUUGCGAUGGGCGAAGCCCACAGAGUCAUCGAGCACGAGCUACCACACAAUUAACAGCGCCGUCACGUUUUCUUCGCCACCUCUCGAGCACGAGAUGGAGCUGACCGGUCCACUGAUGGCGAAGAUCUUCGCCUCGUCCUCCACCCAAGACCUCGACCUAUUCCUGACAGUGCAGGCCUUCUCGCCGGCGCCGAAGCACCGCGAGGUCGAAUUCCAAGGCACGGUCGACCCACACACGCCACUGGCGCAAGGAUGGCUGCGAGCAUCGCACCGGAAACUCGAUGGCUCUAAGUCACUGCGCCAUCGACCCUACCACAGCCACGACGAAAUCCAGCUCCUGGAGCCCGGCACGGUCUACGAGCUCGACGUGGAGAUCUGGCCCACCAACAUCCACCUCCCCAAGGGAUAUACUAUCGCGCUUCAGGUCAGUGGCCGCGAUUUCGAGCGUCCUCUGCCGCCUGAUAAGCCGAAUGAAGCGUGGACGGCGCGAGGCUCCGGGCCGUGGCUUCACACUCAUCCUGAGGAUCGUACGAGAGAGGUCUUUGACGGCCAGGCGACUAUACAUACGGGAGGUAGCACCUGCUCGUAUCUCCUGCUGCCUGUCGUUCGUAGGUGA